ACAAAGGCAACACGUCAUAAUAAAUAAUUGCUUUACAUAGGAAAGGGCGGCUUAAAAAUUAUAUUUAUCUAAAAAAAUAGAUCAAAGAAGCAUUUUAGCUGUAAAUUUUAGCUUUCUGUUAAUAUUAAGCAGUAGAGUAAAAUAGAAAAUGGAAACACUUUAUCACCAAACAAAUCGGAUGAUACAGGAGAUCGAGCAGACUUUUCAGAAAUUGGCACAAACAAGUGGACUAGACACAGCAGAUGUCGAAAAUGAGAUCCAAAUGAAAAUCACUGCUGUAAAUUCAAAUUGCGACCGACUUGAUGUGUUACUUUACAAGGUACCGGCUUCCCAACGUCCAAGUGCUAAAAUGCGUAUCGACCAAUUGAAAUAUGAUACAAGACAUUUACAGAGUUCGCUUCAACUUUACCGAGAAAAAAGGCAGCGUCGCCUUGUAGAACUCUCUGAACGUGAACAACUCUUAAGUCACCGGUUUUCUGCAAAUAACACCGGAGCCACCGAAACUUGCCUUGAUAUAGAUUAUUCGUUGCAACAUCAUACUCAAUUGAAUAAUGCUCAUCAAGGAGUCGAUGAAAUGAUUGCUUCUGGGGGAAACAUACUUAGCAGUUUAAUAAACCAACGUGAAACAUUAAAAGGAGCACACCAACGGAUACAUGCGAUUGGUAGUACACUCGGUCUAUCCAACCAUACUAUGAAAUUAAUAGAACGACGCUUUGUUGAAGAUAAAUACAUAAUGUUAGGUGGCAUGUGUGUGACACUGUUUAUUAUUGGUUUAGUAAUUUAUUUCAUAGUAUUUUGAGUGAAUUAUUAUUUUUGACAUUGUGUUUAUCAUUUUCAUUACAUAUAUAAUAUCUAUAUGUAAUAUAUAUAUUCUAAUAUAAGUGGAUUGGAUGAAUACCGUCUCACGUCUCAAAUGUUGAGUUUGUAUUAUGGUAGCUGAAUAAAAUUGUGGAUUAUAA